UCCCCCCAAUGCCAAACGAUCGCUUUAGAUGACCGCACGUCCGGUUUUAUUUUUCUUCGCCGGCGCGCCACAGCAACCGGACAACAUUUCACGACCACUAUAGCAUAUACUAUCACCGCAAACUCGCCCCACGUCGUCUUCAGUCGUCCGAUAGCCGUAGUCGUGUCCAUACACCGUAUAUCGCGUCCGACCACUGAGUUUUACGCACCCGAGACGUAGGCCCGCAAGAGGUGAACAUUUUCCGAUCGAACGCUUUCAUCGAAUACCGCGAUCCUAAAGCCCACCGCCGCUGAACCGUUCAAUUCUCCACGAUAUAUUGUCGUCGUUGCACGCCGGAAAAACAAUGAUCUCGAGCCGCGUGCCGCUGAUAACGUUAGCGAUCGUGUCCUGUCACAUGGUGUGCGACGCCGAGCACUACUGGAAGUGGCUGAAACCGUACGCGUGGGACGGCCGUCAGCCCAAGUACGUGCACUCGGCCGUCUACAAGCCGCAGCCGUCGUACGCGCUCGCGCAGCACGAGAUACCGUACCCGCCGUUGUCGGUCGCUCACGAGAAGCCGUACCAGCCGGUCCACCAGAAGCCGUACAAACAGGACCAUUGCGAGCUGCGCAAAGUGGUGUUCACGCCGGGAUCGGAAUCACCGCAGUACGUCGCUUACAAGGCCAAGAUCCCCGACCUCAAGGAGUUCACGUUGUGUCACUGGCACAACAUAUUCAACUACACGCACGAUCAGCCCAUAUUCUCGUACUCCCAGCCUGGCAAGAGUCGCGUCAUAUACUCAUGGAUCGAGAAUUCACCUGAUAAAACGUACUAUUCGCUGGCCAUUAACGGACACACCAUAUACAGGAUUAAUUACCCGGAGAAAUUGUUUAAAUGGUAUCACGUAUGCCAGUCGUGGAACGGACACACGGGCGAGUGGCAAUUGUGGAUCAAUUCCGAGAGAGUGGGCAGAGGAUUUUACAAUUUGAUGGUCGGCAAGAUGAUUAAGGGCGGAGGCGUGGCCAUCAGCGGUCGUGAAUAUCUGGAACAGGCGUUGGCCGUGCACCAUGCGUCGUACUCGGGCGAGCUGACGCUUGUGUCGCUGUACAAGGCGGCGCUGACGGCCGGCAAGGCAUACAACAACCACAAGCAUCACCACGUGCACAACUUUCACCACGGUUACGACGAGUCGGUGGACGAGGGCGAGACGGAAGAGCCGCCCGUGACUGCGGCCGCCCCCGACCCUACGCCGCCACCGCAUUUGGCCCACGGCGGCGGGUUCGUCAACGGACAACGGGUGCCCAAGCUUCCAGUGAAGCCUGUGACCGCCGCCACCGCUCCCAACGACCAAGUGCUGCGGGACGAGCAAUCACUGUUCGACGGCGGCCUAUACGAUUUUUACGUGCCGUUCCGGGACGACGUGUCCAUGGCCGCAGUGGCGGACGACACGUUCCGUGUGAACCUUCUGGACAGACAGGACCGUUUGCGGUACAGGAGGAACGCCACGACCGUCGAUGAUGAUGAUGAUGAUAAUAAUAACCACGACCGGUCUAAGAGGUGGACCCCGUUGGUGAUGGCGUCGCCAAGUAAUGCCAGGUCCGGCCACUCAUCCGACCCCCAGAAAGUCGAUCCGGCCGAGUGGGAGGUGAGGAAAGUGUCGUCCGUGUGCUCGGCAUGCGAGACGGAUCCGUUCGGCGCGGCGUCCGUGCUAUCCUGGCACGACACCCGCAAACAGUUCUUCAACGGUGCCCUAUACCUACCCGCCUUGCCCAAGUGCUAUCUGUUUUGAUACGCAAUCCCUGUCAACGUCAUGUAUGACACCCACUUUUUGCCAACCCAUCAACUGCCGACAGCCGUAUAAUAAUAAUUAUGGUUAUGAUAACAAUAACGAACGCUCGUAGCGACAGUCCAAGGGGUAGACGGGUUGGUUCUAGUGGCAGGAAACGUCUUUGUAAAUAUUUGUACAUACUACACGCGUAAGAACGUUUAAAUUUAUUUUUUACUGUAGGGUAAGAGCGAGGAAGCAAAAAUAAAAAUAAUUUGUCUCCAAAACGGCUCGUGUACCAGUACUAACGGGUGCUUGUAAUAUCAUUUUUAUCUGAGCUGUUACAGUGUACGCAAGUUUUUCGUCCGGUAAGGUGGUAACGGUGAAUACAAUUCUUAAUUUUUUGCGAAACACUCGCUACACCCAACCGCAACCCCUGUGAAGGUCGAACUCUUAAGUUGUGUAACACAAUGACGAGAGUGGAAAUAGAUCGUACCCCGCGCUGACAAAUAUUCCAGUUGAAACUCCGUCGUGUCUGAUGGACUUAGAGAUUUCAUUCAAUAGAUCUUAUCACGUCGUGUACUCGACUGACCAAUUUCAUUAUCAAUCUCUUGUUGUAUUUUUCUUUUUCACCAUCAUUUUUUCGUCGAAAUCCAACUGCUGACAUAUCAACACUCAUACACACAGACACACAGACACACAUACACAUACUAUAGAUCAAAGACAAACUCAGUUUCAUCGGAUUGAUAUUCGCGCGUCUAUCUUUCAGAUAUAAAUCCUUACUCAACAAUUAUAAUUAGUUAACAAUUGUUAUACAACAUUGCUUUAUUAGACCGAGAAACCUAACCAAUCGUCUUUAAUUCUAUAUAAUUAAACAAAAUUCAAACGAUUAAUAAUCGACAGACGACGGCCGGUGUAUAUCUUAACUAAUUGUUGAUCAAUUCGACCAGCGAUUAUAACGAAUUAAUUGUUGUACGUACUCUCAGUGACGGAUAUUCCAUACGUGCCAUGAUAAAUUACAUAGUCGUCGAUUGACCUCAGAUAUGUAUUCUUCUAUGGAUCGAACGCGACAUGGCCAUAUUAUGUAAAUUAAAUCCCAUAAAUCUCCAUAAUUGUUACACUGAUCGGUGAAAAAUUAGACUACGGGAGAGACUAUAUGGUGAUUCCAUCCGAUUUAGCAGUAUUCUGCAAUUAUAACGAUCCGAUGACCAAAUGAAAUCCGGGUAUGACAUCAGACAAAAAAAAACCCGUUUUAAUCUAGUAUUAUAAUGUGUAUUCGUAAGCUGUUGUAACGAUAAUACUGUACCGUUGUGUGUAUAGUAUAAAUUUAAUAUUUAAGAUUUAUUUUAAGUGAUUUAGAAUAAACUUCAACGUUGUUAUAUAUUAUUUGUUUUAUUUCUGUAAGGAAUAAAUUAUAAUGUAAACUUUUUUUUUCGUCGACUUUAUAUAUAGUUGAGUGAGUCAAAACAUAUUGUAUACCUGUGAUAAUGUUAUCGUGUACAUAUACAUAAAUGUAAUAAUAUAAACAAAUAUAACAAAUAAUAUAACAAGUAUUAUGAAUUUAA